UAUCUCUAUAGCAAAUAUGCAAAUAAAGUGGCGUGGGGUUUGUCAAACCAACUCCGGGAGCUUCCGUAACGAAAAAUGUUUCGCGUCAUAUCCGGUCAACUACGCUUCCGGAUGCGGUGAAAUAGCAAAGACGAAGGAAAACACCGCUCUUACUAGGAUUAAUUUAAAGGACAAAACGCUGGUAUCUCAGUUAGCUGAGAUACCAGCAAAGCUCACACGGGACCUAUGUAGGAAGUUUAAGUCAUUUCAGACGGUUUGUUACGGUAGUCUUCAUGUGAGCUGUUUGGGUUUUUUUUUACGGAGUGUUUAUGUCUCCGAGUUGCUAGCUUAAGCCUCGGUUAGCGGGUGCGCAGACAAACAGCUUCUCUGUGAGAUGAUAAUCGGACUCGCUGCCUUUUAACCUGAUAUAUCACUCCCUCUUUUCCUUGUUCAGUGGGGUGCAGCGGUCUGUGUGUUUGGUUGUUUUCAACAAGCGUUUAAUUUCUUUUUUUGUAGUAGGUUAUGGCUUUGUAGCCAAUGGGUUUGUAAUCAAGAAAACAAAAAAAACGAGGAUUUUGGCCCAUCAAGCACACGGUUUUGCUAUUUAAAAAAGUAAAUAGAGUCUAAAGACAUUUAUAGAACUUUACAAAAUGGCUGGACUCCGGACUUCAGUCUCUUCCAGGAAAAACCUGCUGAUAGUUUGUAAAUAGUACUUCCCCGUCAGGUGCUUGGCUCCACGACUUUUUUUUUGGUUCUGCUGGUAGAGAACCUAAACUACGCCCUGUGUUGGAAACUGAAGAGGAAGAUCUUUUAUUUAUUUAUUCUCGUUUGUCUAAGGAAAGUUUAUAUUUCAUACGCUGAGAUCUUCAACUCAACAGUGAAGGAUGAAUGGCCUCUCUUUCAAAGAGCUCUGCUGCCUGUUCUGCUGCCCACCAUGUCCGAGCCGCAUCGCAUCCAAGCUGGCCUUCUUGCCUCCAGAGCCUACAUACGCCUUUCUUCCAGACCCUGAAGCGGAUCCCCCCACACUGGGCGCAUCCGGGACGUCGAGCCUGCGGUCGAGGAAUUCGGCUUCGGUUUCCGGAGGAGCCGGUGGCGUGGAGGGGAAGUGGAAGCUUCACCUGACGGACCGAGCAGAGUUUCAGUACAAUCAGCGAGAUCUCGACGAGGUCGAAGUGUUCUUCACUCGCUCCAGCAGAGGAAACAGAGUUGGCUGCAUGUACAUUCGUGUUGCAGGGAAUGCCAGAUUUACCGUCCUUUUCUCCCAUGGCAACGCAGUCGACCUGGGCCAGAUGAGCAGCUUCUACAUUGGCCUCGGCAGCCGUAUCGGCUGCAACAUCUUCUCCUACGACUACUCGGGUUAUGGAGUCAGCACAGGCAAGCCCACGGAGAAGAACCUGUACGCAGACAUAGACGCUGCCUGGCAUGCCCUGCGUACGCGAUAUUGCAUAAUUCCAGAGAACAUUAUCCUGUACGGACAGAGCAUCGGCACGGUUCCCACUGUGGACUUGGCUUCGCGGUACGAGUGUGCCGCCGUCAUUCUUCACUCACCUUUAACCUCUGGGAUGAGAGUUGCCUUUCCUGACACAAAGAAAACCUACUGCUUUGACGUUUUCCCCAACAUUGAAAAAGUGUCUAAAAUCACUUCUCCGGUUCUCAUCAUCCACGGGACGGAGGACGAGGUGAUCGACUUUUCUCACGGCCUGGCCCUGUUCGAGCGCUGCCCGAAGGCCGUGGAGCCCCUCUGGGUGGAGGGCGCUGGACACAAUGACAUUGAGUUGUACGUUCAGUAUCUGGAUCGCCUCCGGCGUUUCAUUGGACAAGAAUUGGCUGUUCAGCACGCCUGACCUUCACGAGAACAUCAUCAUGUCAUUUUAUUCUUCCUCUGGCACUUAGAACGCUGCCUCCCUGUGUGGAAGGUGGAAAUAAUGUCUUCUCAACUGUCCAUCAUGGCCCGCCGGAAUACUGUGUCCCACACUUCUACUGUAGGCCUCUACAUAGACCACAGACCAACCAGGCACAAAGAGAUCUUUACACUCAGAUAUGUUUAAGUGUGGAAGACGACGAUUAGACGGUUUCACUUAGCAGAAACCUAAAUAGUACUGAUCAUGUUUUAACAGGGCAGAUAAUGCAUCUCUAUUCUGUGCAAUAACAUGGACACGGUCCACAGAACAAUGGCAUUUGAUGAUGUUCCAAGAUACCGCUAAGAAACCAUGGAGAUUUUCUAGUCUACUUAUACCUUGUGUGUGUGUCUGUGUGUAAAACUUUAAACUGUUAACUAAAGUUGGCAGAAUACUA